AAAACAAAGUAACGUUGCUUAGUCCAGUCGACCGCCAAUUUCAUACAGAUUGCAUACACAUUGGAGAUAACAGAUGCAAGUUGUGAUAAGCUGUGUCACAGGUCACAGAUAUACGUACGAAACAAAUAUAAGGCUGCGCAAAAUAGUUGAGUUUCAUUAUCAAGUAAAUUACACAUAAUAUAAAAUACCUUUUAGAGAUUUAAACAUUUUUUCAAGGAAGUACAUCAAACUUGAAAGCAAAAGUCCUUUUUGCAGAGCAUUCAGGAAGAGGUGCAUAAUGAAUAGUCUAAAUCUGGCAAAAGCUGCUCUGCGCAAGAAGGUCAAAGACGUGAUUAAACAAAUUACUAUCGAGGAGCGACAAAAGCAGUCCAAGAAGGUGUUUGAAAAACUCCGUUCUCUGCCAUUAUUUCAAAAAAGUAAACGAGUCUCCAUAUAUUUGAGCACGGAAGAUGAAAUCGAUACAACACAGAUAUUAAAAUAUAUGUUUGAUACAAAAAAAGAAGUAUUUGUUCCUACGUAUAAAGGAGGGGAAAUGAAAAUGGUCAAGUUACUAUCCAUAGAGGAUUAUGAGAAACUCCCGUUAACUAAAUGGAACAUCAAACAACCAAAAUUUAAUGAAUCUAGAGAGAAUCCAUUAGAGAAUGGUGGACUGGAUUUAGUAGUUGUACCAGGCGUUGCGUUUACUGCCAGUGGAAAACGCUUGGGACAUGGGAUGGGUUACUACGACAAAUAUCUAAAAUCUUGUCUGGAGAAACAACAAACAAAACCACAUUUAAUUGGAAUAGCAUUUAAUGAACAAUUACGGGACGACGUUCCCACGUCUGAAUACGACGUACCCAUGGAUCUGGUGCUUACAGAAAAAUGAAUAAAUAUUAACAACUUACCGCUGAUAGACUUCUCUUCAAUGUCAACAUAAGUCACUUCGAAUUGCUGUUCCGAGGCAAUUUCUUGCAAAAAUUGUACCAAAUUCACGUCGCCAUCAUUCAAACAAGUGUUCUGUAACAAAAAUUGACAAUAGACGAAUUUUAAUAUAA